AUGGAGGCAGUGAGACAAAAGAAGUCCAAGACCAGCAGCAGGUCUCAGGUAUGUACAGUACGUUCCUGUAUGUCCCUGAGGACAGACUCCUGUCUGAUUAUGAAAUUAUGGGGAAAGCAUAUGAUAGUAUGUAUUACCCAGUCAUUAUUCAUGAGUAUUAACCAGGCAGACUACUGUUGUGUGUUACCCCCAACAGGACAGGAAACAGAGGCAGAGUGGAGGAGUGAAGAGUGCCACAGCUCGCUCUGCUGGUUGUGAUGAGGAAGCUGGUGCUGCUACCCCACCCAGCUCUGAGUUCACAGACGUCCCCCUCAGUCUGCCAUACGAGGGGACAGAGCAACAACAGGGUCUGGCAGGGGCAUCAGAGACUUUAUCAGAGACAUCACAACCAUCAACACAGAUAUUACCACAGACAUCAGAGGAAUCAUUACCAGCAUCACAGACACUAUCAUCAUCCACAUUAUCACAGACAUCGCUGACAUUAUCAUCAACCUCACCCCAGACACUAGCAAAGCCCUCUGAGGCAGAGCCAGAGAAGAGGGAUGAGGGGAGAGGAGAGGCCCAAGGGGCUGAGCUCAGAGCCCAACCACAGAGCACUGAGGUGGGGAGAGAGACCCAGAACAAAACCCACAUCCAGACCCAGCCCUGUAUAUCUACAAAGCUUAAGAUACCCUUGGCCCCCAGCGCCCCUGCCCUCUACCCCUUACUACCCACACUGGAGGAGGGCUCCCUGAUGCAGCUGCAUGAGGAGGCUCUGCGGGCCUGUGGGACAAGGGGCCCUGCUGUUCUGCCUCUAGGGGAGCAGGAGUGUCCUCCCAGUCUGGAGCCUGUUGUGGAGGUGGCUCCGUCUGAGGGCUCCAGGACCAGACUGUACCCUGAACUACCCCAGCCCAGCCCAGAACUACAGGUAACCACACACAUCCUAUGACCCAUUGUGGGCUCGAAGCGCUUUAUAUUACAAAUCUAUCAAUGUUAUUUGAAUCAUAUUUAUUUAUAGUGUCGACUGUGUUGUGUUUUUCCUACAGGCAUUCUCGUUGGAGCAGCUUAGUGUGUGGGAGCCGGGUGGGGGGAUGUGUGUGUGGGUGGAGGGGGUGGAGUUGUGUGCAGCCCGGUUCGCAGUGUUGGCCCGGCAGGAAGGCCACGAGCUGACGGACCUCCUGCAAAACUACUGGCGCUGCCGCAGACAGCUGACACACGCACACACACAGCUCCACACACAAACCUCUGACUGUAACACCACACAGAACCGACUCUGGAGCUUCAGAGAUGAACAGCUCACACUUCAGGUGUGUGGUUAAAUAGACAAUGUUAGUAUACAACUUAGCACAUAACACAAAAGCUACAAAGUUAUACAGUACACUUCUGUUCUUCAUCUCUCUCUUUCCCCCACUCUCUAAACCCUUUCUUUCUUUCCAGGGUGUGUGUGGGGACCAGUCCAAGGUGUAUGGCUACCACCGCUUCCAGCAGGCUGACUUUAGUGAGGCUGUGUUGGUGGAGCUGCGGAAGCUGUUUGAGGCCCGCACUGAACUCCUGCACCAGAAGGUGGCGCUGCACGCAUACACAGCCCUGCUGUCACGUCUUCAGGUGGAGUCAUACUUACACUGCCUGCUCCACGGUGAGAACACACUCUCACACAAACACACACACAGACGCACACACUGUACAUACAAAUACGCACAGGUGGGAUUUAAUUUAAUAUUCAACAUAUUGUACACAUGGUUAAUGUGUUUCUUUGUUUAAUUAGUCAAGUGUGUAUGUGUGUGUAUUGUAGAUAUGUGUGAUACCCAGAGCCAGCCCAGCUCCCUCCUCCCCCUGAAGGAGAGCAUCAGUGUUCUCUUCAGCUUCACACGGAGAGUCCUGGAUGACACGCAGUUCCAGACAGACAUCCACCUCUGGCUGCAGAGACUGGUACACAGACACACACAGUGAACCUCAACACUAGCCCUGGUACAGCAGUACCAGUUGUCCCACCUGUUGUGCAGUUUAAUCACGCUAUGUGUGUGUGUGUUGUGUAUAGGUGGCAGUGUUACUGCGUGUGGGGGGAUCAGGAGAACACCUCUACAUGUUGAACCAUCUGCUGUGCUGUUCUGCAGGGGUGGGCAAGUGGGCUGCAACCUUCUUACAGGUGAGACACACCCUCUAUCUAGUUUGUUUAAUGUUUUGAUUUCCUCUAAAGUAGGCCUGGUUUAUGAAUGAAGGCUCACUCCACUAUUUCUGUAUGCUUAUUGGCAGGUUAUCAUAUUUGGUUAACGAUGCCAUCAUUGCCAGGUAAGGUUAGCAGUCUUAAUUAAAACAUGCUUGGGGGGGUGUGUUUCAGAUCCAGGUCCUGGGAAAUCCCUCAGGAGUUCAGCAGUUCAUGCAGGCUCUUGCCAUCCUCAUGUCUCCAGUCAGGUAAAGAACCCUAACUUCUCACUCUGGCCCCUGACCCCUAACCCUACAUGUCACCAUCCUCAUGUCUCCUGUCAGGUAGCCCUAACCUUGACCUUUCAUCCCUAAUCCUUACCUAUUUACGUGAUUUUUUAGUUGAACGUGCACAUUUCAAGGUAUAACCCUUUGGGUUUUUCCUCUGAUCGUUGACCUUUCAUCUUUAGACAUCGUGCUGAGUUCAUGAGCCACAUGAAGCCCUGUGAGAGUCAGAGUGCUGCAGCCUCCGGCCCUGAGUCUGGCAACUGGACCCUAGUGGAUGAAGGUGGAGAGGAGGUAACCAUGCAUGUGUUGGUGUGUGUGGUAUUUCAGGGAACUGGACCCUAGGAGCGUUGAGGUAGAAUUGUUGUAAGGUUGCUGAUGUGUGUGUGUAUGUGUGUGUUUUUCAGGAUGAGGACCCAGAGAGCAGCUGGUUGUUACUGUGUGAAGAGGACCUGAUCUCUCUGCUGUCCCAGUUCCCCUUCCAACAGCUCUUCACACAUCUGCUGGGGAUGAGCAAGAAGGGUUUGUGUGUGUGCAAGUGUCUGUGUGUACUUGUUUUCCUACAUUAUCAGGACCCCAAUGUCCUAACAUUUCACCCGAAUGUCCUGAAAAUGUAGGAAAACAAUAACUUUUUUGAAAAGUCAGGACCUGAAUUUGUUCAAAUGCUAUUUUAAGUUUAAGGUUUAGGGGUUAAGGUUAAGGGGUAGGGUUAGGAUUAGGGAAAAUACGAUUUUUAAUGGUCAAACAUUUUUACACUCCAAAAAGUCCUGACAUUUCACGAAAAUAAAGCUGUGUGUGUAUGUGCGUGCGCAUGUGUUGUCAUGUAGUUGUAUUUGACUGACGUAGUAAUUCUGUUAUUCUAGUGACUGCUUUUUGGCUGUGUCUUCAGAUGUGUGUAUGCAGCUAUGUGACUGUCUCACCAAUAAAUGGAUGUUGUCUGUCUGUCUAGGUGUGUAUGAGCCCAAGGCCUGCUCCAGUCAGAAGAUGAUGCGUGUGUUUGCGUUCGCCUCGUCUCUGAUCGAGCUUCUGGCUGUGGGUCUACACACCUACAACAGAGCUCGCUACCGCCAGCUCGUAAAACGCAUCGGACACACCAUACGGUAAGACACCCACACACAGUACAUUUAGAUGGAGUAGAUAUAUUUAGAUCUAGAUGUGUUUGUAAAGGUGUGUAACCACUGUCUCCUGUGCGCUCCCUCUCUGCAGGAUGACGGUGUGUUAUGUCAGUGAUCACUGGGCCCAGUAUGUGAGUGUUGCUGGUCCAGCCCGGCCCAGUACCAUCUCUCUGGAGAAACUACAACUAGAAUACGACCAUCUGUUCCUCAGAGCUGUGCUACAUGUCCUCAGAAACAAGAGGUGAGAGAGGGAAGACAUGUAAUGUUUUUGGCUAUCUAUUCUUGCAAGGCAGUAAGAAUAUUGAUUUUGAGAGUAUGGGGAGUGUGUGUAUUAUCUGACUGUGUGUUCUCCUAGGUUGGGUAUCUGGCUGUUCAUGUCAGAGAUGCCCUAUGGAACCCUGUCCAGUUCCAUGCUGUGGAGAAUUCUGUAUGUGAUGCAGUGUGCAGAGACCGCUGCACCAGACACACUCAACUCUACAGACAACACAUACACCUGCCUACAGGCCCUCCGAGGUACAUACACACAUAAUGAUGAUAGGAAUUAAUUGUAUUCAUAAAGUACUUAAAAAAAUUUAAAAAAUGUGCUAAAAAAAAAAACACAGAAUAGAGCACAAUAUCAUACAUUCACACAGUGUGUCAGCACAGGAGCCAUGCCUUAAUGAUGUACUAACAUGUAUUGCAGAGCCGAGUCACCAGGAGAGGUUUGAGAAAUGGCUGUGUGAGGUCAACAGUUCUGAUGGAAUCUCUCUCCUCACGGCACUAGCUCACAUGGCCAUGCCUACCCACCACUCUGACCCCACCUUCAUUACCACUAUAGCUCUCCUCGUCUUCCAGGUAACACAAACACACACACAUUAUUUUUUCCCAUUUUCACACGGAAUGAAUAGAGGUCACAGCAAAGCUGGCUGCCAGGGUCACCCUAUAUUUCUCUCCCUCCCUCCAGGUGUCCUAUGUCAGUGUGUCUACGAGGGAAACCUACUCUAAGGUGGGGCGGGAGCUGCUGGCCGCCAUAGCAACCGCUCAUCCUUACAUUAUCUCAGUCCUGCUGGACAGACUCAGAGAGACCAUAGAGACAGUCGGCAUGGUAAGUGUGUGUGUGCGUGGCCUCUGUCAACUGCUGGGGUUGCUGUGGAAAGGAGGGGGGUGAAGACUUCAAGUGUAACAGAGGUGGUUCGGUUAAGUACACCUGCAUGUUGAUUAGCCUUGUGUAUGUUAGGUGGCGCUGUACCUCUGUAAGGAGCUGCCCCUGUUCCUGUGGCGUCCUAGCCCGGAGGAAGUGUGUGUGAUCGGGGGCUGGCUGCUCCAAAACCCCCUCUCUGCUGUGGAGAACAGCCUGGCCUGUGUCCUACUGGAGGGGCUGGACUGGGGCUACGCACAGGUACUACACACACUGCUACUAUGCACACACACACCUAACCCUACGUUGAGUUUGAGUGUGUACAGUGUGUAAUGUUGAGUGUGUGUGUCUUAUAGGAUGGGACUCUGGCCCUGCCCUCCUCUCUCCACAGUGAAGUUGCUCUGCUGGUGGCCGAAGCCUAUCAGAAAUACCUCACAGACAAACCAUACAAUGGACUCAUCUCAGAGGGAAUCAAACAGGUAACACAAACACGCACACAUCAUACACUCAUCUCAUCUCUGAGGUUAACACGUCUCUCUCUGUCUCUGUCGAUCAGGUGUCCUACCUGGCUAGUGUUCUCCGUCUGGGUCUGUCUCCUGAGGCUUCCUUCAGCCAGUGGGCCUGGCAACUGUUGCUAAGGCUGAAGCUCCAUGGCAACACCCAGUACCCUCAAGCAGCCUGGUCCACCUCCGGUUCUGCCCCUAACCCCUCCCCCGAGCUCACGCACACCCCCAACAUGCACCCUGUUCUAAGGGCCGUAAAGGCGGGCAUUCCCAUUGGCUGCUACCUGGCCAUCGCCAUGACAACUGUAGGACACAAGUAUGACCAUCUGCUCUCUCUCUAUCGGAAUCACUUUAUUCGCCAAGUACAUUAACAACAUACGUGGAAUUUGACUUAAUGAAUAGGUGCUGCCAGCAAUAGACAAAUGUACAAACAGAAUACAGACAGAGGGAUUUAAACAAAGUCAACAUACAGAAUAUACAAUAUAAAUACAGUAAACAUAAAACUCUAGAGUAUAGGCUGAGCUACAGUGAGGAUAUACAAUUUACAGUGGGGAUAUCUAUAUAUGUAGAGGGAGGGAUGCUGCUGUGACGUGUGUGUGUGUGUGUGUGUGUGUGUGUGUGUAUAUACAGUGGGGAAAAAAAGUAUUUAGUCAGCCACCAAUUGUGCAAGUUCUCCCACUUAAAAAGAUGAGAGAGGCCUGUAAUUUUCAUCAUAGGUACACGUCAACUAUGACAGACAAAUUGAGAAAAGAAAAUCCAGAAAAUCACAUUGUAGGAUUUUUAAGGAAUUUAUUUGCAAAUUAUGGUGGAAAAUAAGUAUUUGGUCACCUACAAACAAGCAAGAUUUCUGGCUCUCACAGACCAGUAACUUUCCGCCACUCGUUACCUGUAUUAAUGGCACCUGUUUGAACUUGUUAUCAGUAUAAAAGACACCUGUCCACAACCUCAAACAGUCACACUCCAAACUCCACUAUGGCCAAGACCAAAGAGCUGUCAAAGGACACCAGAAACAAAAUUGUAGACCUGCACCAGGCUGGGAAGACUGAAUCUGCAAUAGGUAAGCAGCUUGGUUUGAAGAAAUCAACUGUGGGAGCAAUUAUUAGGAAAUGGAAGACAUACAAGACCACUGAUAAUCUCCCUCGAUCUGGGGCUCCACGCAAGAUCUCACCCCGUGGGGUCAAAAUGAUCACAAGAACGGUGAGCAAAAAUCCCAGAACCACACGGGGGGACCUAGUGAAUGACCUGCAGAGAGCUGGGACCAAAGUAACAAAGCCUACCAUCAGUAACACACUACGCCGCCAGGGACUCAAAUCCUGCAGUGCUAGACGUGUCCCCCUGCUUAAGCCAGUACAUGUCCAGGCCCGUCUGAAGUUUGCUAGAGUGCAUCCAGAAGAGGAUUGGGAGAAAGUCAUAUGGUCAGAUGAAACCAAAAUAUAACUUUUUGGUAAAAACUCAACUUGUCGUGUUUGGAGGACAAAGAAUGCUGAGUUGCAUCCAAAGAACACCAUACCUACUGUGAAGCAUGGGAGUGAAAACAUCAUACUUUGGGGCUGUUUUUCUGCAAAGGGACCAGGACGACUGAUCCGUGUAAAGGAAAAAUGAAUGGGGCCAUGUAUCGUGAGAUUUUGAGUGAAAACCUCCUUCCAUCAGCAAGGGCAUUGAAGAUGAAACGUGGCUGGGUCUUUCAGCAUGACAAUGAUCCCAAACACACCGCCCGGGCAACGAAGGAGUGGCUUCGUAAGAAGCAUUUCAAGGUCCUGGAGUCUCCAGAUCUCAACCCCAUAGAAAAUCUUUGGAGGGAGUUGAAAGUCCGUGUUGCCCAGCGACAGCCCCAAAACAUCACUGCUCUAGAGGAAAUCUGCAUGGAGGAAUGGGCCAAAAUACCAGCAACAGUGUGUGAAAACCUUGUGAAGACUUACAGAAAACGUUUGACCUGUGUCAUUGCCAACAAAGGGUAUAUAACAAAGUAUUGAGAAACUUUUGAUAUUGACCAAAUACUUAUUUUCCACCAUAAUUUGCAAAUAAUUCAUUAAAAAUCCUACAAUGUGAUUUUCUGGAUUUUUUUUUCUAAUUUUGUCUGUCAUAGUUGACGUGUACCUAUGAUGAAAAUUACAGGCCUCUCUCAUCUUUUUAAGUGGGAGAACUUGCACAAUUGGUGGCUGACUAAAUACUUUUUUUCCCCACUGUAUAUAUAUAUAUAUAUACAGUGGGGCAAAAAAGUAUUUAGUCAGCCACCAAUUGUGCAAGUUCUCCCACUUAAAAAGAUGAGAGAGGCCUGUAAUUUUCAUCAUAGGUACACGUCAACUAUGACAGACAAAUUGAGAAAAAAAAAUCCAGAAAAUCACAUUGUAGGAUUUUUUAUGAAUUUAUUUGCAAAUUAUGGUGGAAAAUAAGUAUUUGGUCACCUACAAACAAGCAAGAUUUCUGGCUCUCACAGACCUGUAACUUCUUCUUUAAGAGGCUCCUCUGUCCUCCACUCGUUACCUGUAUUAAUGGCACCUGUUUGAACUUGUUAUCAGUAUAAAAGACACCUGUCCACAACCUCAAACAGUCACACUCCAAACUUCACAAUGGCCAAGACCAAAGAGCUGUCAAAGGACACCAAAAACAAAAUUGUAGACCUGCACCAGGCUGGGAAGACUGAAUCUGCAACAGGUAAGCAGCUUGGUUUGAAGAAAUCAACUGUGGGAGCAAUUAUUAGGAAAUGGAAGACAUACAAGACCACUGAUAAUCUCCCUCGAUCUGGGGCUCCAUGCAAGAUCUCACCCCGUGGGGUCAAAAUGAUCACAAGAACGGUGAGCAAAAAUCCCAGAACCACACGGGGGGACCUAGUGAAUGACCUGCUGAGAGCUGGGACCAAAGUAACAAAGCCAACCAUCAGUAACACACUACGCCGCCAGGGACUCAAAUCCUGCAGUGCGAGACGUGUCCCCCUGCUUAAGCCAGUACAUGUCCAGGCCCGUCUGAAGUGCAUUUGGAUGAUCCAGAAGAGGAUUGGGAGAAUGUCAUAUGGUCAGAUGAAACCAAAAUAUAACUUUUUGGUAAAAACUCAACUCGUCAUGUUUGGAGGACAAAGAAUGCUGAGUUGCAUCCAAAGAACACCAUACCUACUGUGAAGCAUGGGGGUGGAAACAUCAUGCUUUGGGGCUGUUUUUCUGCAAAGGGACCAGGACGACUGAUCCGUGUAAAGGAAAGAAUGAAUGGGGCCAUGUAUCGUGAGAUUUUGAGUGAAACCCUCCUUCCAUCAGCAAGGGCAUUGAAGAUGAAACGUGGCUGGGUCUUUCAGCAUGACAAUGAUCCCAAACACACCGCCCGGGCAACGAAGGAGUGGCUUCGUAAGAAGCAUUUCAAGGUCCUGGAGUGGCCUAGCCAGUCUCCAGAUCUCAACCCCAUAGAAAAUAUUUGGAGGGAGUUGAAAGUCUGUGUUGCCCAGCGACAGCCCCAAAACAUCACUGCUCUAGAGGAGAUCUGCAUGGAGGAAUGGGCCAAAAUACCAGCAACAGUGUGUGAAAACCUUGUGAAGACUUACAGAAAACGUUUGACCUGUGUCAUUGCCAACAAAGGGUAUAUAACAAAGUAUUGAGAAACUUUUGUUAUUGACCAAAUACUUAUUUUCCACCAUCAUAUGCCAAUAAAUUCAUUAAAAAUCCUACAAUGUGAUUUUCUGGAUUUUUUUUUCUAAUUUUGUCUGUCAUAGUUGACGUGUACCUAUGAUGAAAAUUACAGGCCUCUCUCAUCUUUUUAAGUGGGAGAACUUGCACAAUUGGUGGCUGACUAAAUACUUUUUUCCCCCACUGUAUAUAUAUAUACACAUAUAUAUAUAUAUAUACACAUAUAUAUACAUACUGUCUUGUGAAGAAGUGUACAUGGCGCAAAAGCAGUAUAGCGCCGUUUUUAGUAUUACAGGUCAGUGAUGCAGUGUUCGGUGCAGUCGCUCAAUCCCUAUGAGCCCUAUGGCCGGUUGGUGAGGGCCACAGCACAGUGACACCAUACAGACACACAUCACCUGUGUGUAUAAAGUCUCACUCUGUACUAUUGUGUGUAACAUCUCUCUCUCUGUCUGUCUGUCUGUUAUCCCAGUCUGGAGGUGUUUUGCACAGAGGGAGUGGAUCUGUUGAGGAGUCUGAUUCAGUCUCAACAUCUGAGAGCUGCUGUCCAUCUACUGGACAACAUCCUCCCUCCUACCUACCCUCUCAGCUUCUACCUGCUGAAGAACACACAGUAAGAUAUACACACUACACACUAUGUCCUAGACACUACAUCCUCCAUCUACUGGACAACAUCCUCCCUCUUUUCUGUUUGAUCAGCUUCUACAGUUAACUUUCAGUACCUUUUACCCCUCCCUAAACGAAACUGUAAAAUCCCACUAAAAUCUCACAAAACUGGUGGGCUGUGGUAUUGCUGUGUUUGGACUACAAUAUACUCCCUCCCUCUCUCUGUGCCAGGUUUGUGGGCUGUGUCCAGUUGUUCCUGCAGUGUGACGGUGUGUGUCCUCAGGGUGUAACACAGCAGGUCACUCACAGGGUGGCGCCACUCUUCACUGGAGGCACCUAUGGGGACAUGGUACGCCUGCUCAACAGUGUGAUACAGGUAUGUACACACACCUAAUACAUAUCCAUCAGAACUGGGGUGAAACAUGGGGUUAACCAAACUUAUGGAUCAGUAGUUUGGCCAACUAGAACUGGAUGCCAUGUUACUGCCCCUGAACAUUCCAUUAAUCUAUUCAUGAUGAGUGUGUGUUUAUUAUCUUUCAGACUCACGUGGUGGAGAGUUCUAGGCCAGGUCGUGUGGGUCCGGCAGCGGUUCUAGAGUUCUGGGUGGGAAUUCUAACCCAGCAGAACCUGUGGUACCGAGACAGAACCGUUCUAUUCCUGAUGGAUCAGAUCUGUCGUGCUGCCUUCACACACCACCAGGAGGAGUGUGUACAGAGAUUACUGUACCAGCAGCACAAGGUAUGUACACACAGAGACAGGAGAGUCCCAUAUAUUUCAGCUGUUAUGCUUAUUUUGAUCAGUGUGUGUUAUUUUUGUGUGAAGAAAAUGUACACACACAGAGUACACACACACUGUAGCUCAGUCUGUGAUGCUCUCUGUCGCACCCCUCUGGUAGAUUGCCUUAGGUUAUCAUGGAGACCGGGGUCUGCUCUCUUCCCUGGUUGGCUGGAUCGCUGGAAAUGCCACACCCUCAUUCAUUGAGGGCCUAUCGAUGAGCGGGGAGGUGAGAACUUUAACCUCAGUCCUAUCUAACUUCUCCUAUCCGUGCUGUCAUUCUGUGUGAAACAGAAUUACUUUAUUUUGCAGCAUUUCCCAAUGAAAUCUGCAAAAAAAAAAGGCUAUUGUCUGUAGGUGUGGUUUUAUAUGUGAAAUGAUAACUGUGUAUGUGUAGGUGUGGUUUUAUAUGUGAAAUGAUAACUGUGUGUGUGUAGGUGUGGUUUUAUGUGAAAUUAUAACUGUGUGUGUGUAGGUGUGGUUUUAUAUGUGAAAUGAUAACUCUGUGUGUGUAGGUGUGGUUUUAUAUGUGAAAAUUAUAACUGUGUGUGUGUAGGUGUGGUUUUAUAUGUGAAAAUUAUAACUGUGUGUGUGUAGGUGUGGUUUGCGUGGCUGGUUUUGAACAUGGAGGGGAUGUUUGAGGAGGAUUCUCAGCUGAGACGCUGUGUGGAGCACGAACUACUGUCUGACCCCAACAUGUCACCUGACCAGGCCCUGAAGGUACACACACCACACACACUCCAACCUGUCACCUGACCAGGCCCUGAAGGUACACACACCACACACACUCCAACCUGUCACCUGACCAGGCCCUGAAGGUACACACACCACACACACUCCAACCUGUCACCUGACCAGGCCCUGAAGGUACACACACCACACACACUCCAACCUCUCACCUGACCAGGCCCUGAAGGUACACACACCACACACACUCCAACCUGUCACCUGACCAGGCCCUGAAGGUACACACACCACACACACUCCAACCUCUCACCUGACCAGCAGAACAGUAAAACGAUGAGAGAUUUAUAGGCCUUAAUCUGAGAAACAUGAUGUUUGUGUUUCACUAUCUUUAUGUUUCUUGUGUGUGUGAGACAGAAGGCCCAGCAGCGGUUGAAGCUCCCAGUGGCUCCAUCUCUGCAGCGGCUGCAGGUGUACAGGUGGGCGUGUCAGGCUUUGGCCACACCCCCUGACCACCCACUACUCCCCCUCGUCUGGCAGAGGUUCCUGCAGCUCUACCUGAGACAGCCAGGACCUGAGUAUGGGUACGACACACACGCCUAACACCAUAACCUCUAGGCCAGGGGUUCUCAAACUUUUUGGGGCCGGGGACCCCUUUUUUGAUAGCAAAUUCAUCAGGUACCCCCUCAUAAUCAGAACACAACUCGGGUGAGAUGAUAAAUAGCAUACAAAGUGUUUUACUAUGACUUCUGCAGUGCAUGGCUGGAUGAACCAAGUCUUUGGCCCUACAUACAUACGUGUGUAUAUAUGUAUGUAUACAUACAUAUGUAUGUGUGUGUGUGUGUGUGUGUGUGUGUGUGUGUGUGUGUGUAUAUAUAUAUAUAUAUAUAUAUAUAUAUAUAUAUAUAUAUAUAUAUACAGGGGGGAGAACAAGUAUUUGAUACACUGCCGAUUUUGCAGGUUUUCCUACUUACAAUGCAUGUAGAGGUCUGUAAUUGUUAUCAUAGGUACACUUCAACUGUGAGAGACAGAAUCUAAAACAAAAAUCCAGAAAAUCACAUUGUAUGAUUUUUAAGUAAUUAAUUUGCAUUUUAUUGCAUGACAUAAGUAUUUGAUACAUCAGAAAAGCAGAACUUAAUAUUUGGUACAGAAACCUUUGUUUGCAAUUACAGAGAUCAUACGUUUCCUGUAGGUCUUGACCAGGUUUGCACACACUGCAGCAGGGAUUUUGGCCCACUCCUCCAUACAGACCUUCCCCAGAUCCUUCAGGUUUCGGGGCUGUCGCUGGGCAAUACGGACUUUCAGCUCCCUCCAAAGAUUUUCUAUUGGGUUCAGGUCUGGAGACUGGCUAGGCCACUCCAGGACCUUGAGAUGCUUCUUACGGAGACACUCCUUAGUUGCCCUGGCUGUGUGUUUCGGGUCGUUGUCAUGGUGGAAGACCAAGCCACGACCCAUCUUCAAUGCUCUUACUGAGGGAAGGAGGUUGUUGGCCAAGAUCUCGCGAUGCAUGGCCCCAUCCAUCCUCUCCUCAAUACGGUGCAGUCGUCCUGUCCCCUUUGCAGAAAAGCAUCCCCAAAGAAUGAUGUUUCCACCUCCAUGCUUCACGGUUGGGAUGGUGUUCUUGGGGUUGUACUCAUCCUUCUUCUUCCUCCAAACACGGCGAGUGGAGUUUAGACCAAAAAGCUCUAUUUUUGUCUCAUCAGACCACAUGACCUUCUCCCAUUCCUCCUCUGGAUCAUCCAGAUGGUCAUUGGCAAACUUCAGACGGGCCUGGACAUGCGCUGGCUUGAGCAGGGGGACCUUGCGUGCGCUGCAGGAUUUUAAUCCAUGACAGCAUAGUGUGUUACUAAUGGUUUUCUUUGAGACUGUGGUCCCAGCUCUCUUCAGGUCAUUGACCAGGUCCUGCCGUGUAGUUCUGGGCUGAUCCCUCACCUUCCUCAUGAUCAUUGAUGCCCCACGAGGUGAGAUCUUGCAUGGAGCCCCAGACCGAGGGUGAUUGACCGUCAUCUUGAACUUCUUCCAUUUUCUAAUAAUUGCGCCAACAGUUGUUGCCUUCUCACCAAGCUGCUUGCUUAUUGUCCUGUAGCCCAUCCCAGCCUUGUGCAGGUCUACAAUUUUAUCCCUGAUGUCCUUACACAGCGCUCUGGUCUUGGCCAUUGUGGAGAGGUUGGAGUCUGUUUGAUUGAGUGUGUGGACAGGUGUCUUUUAUACAGGUAACGAGUUCAAACGGGUGCAGUUAAUACAGGUAAUGAGUGGAGAACAGGAGGGCUUCUUAAAGAAAAACUAACAGGUCUGUGAGAGCCGGAAUUCUUACUGGUUGGUAGGUGAUCAAAUACUUAUGUCAUGCAAUAAAAUGCAAAUUAAUUACUUAAAAAUCAUACAAUGUGAUUUUCUGGAUUUUUGUUUUAGAUUCCAUCUCUCACAGUUGAAGUGUACUUAUGAUAAAAAUGACAGACCUCUACAUGCUUUGUAAGUAGGAAAACCUGCAAAAUCGGCAGUGUAUCAAAUACUUGUUCUCCCCACUGUGUGUGUAUGUAUAUAUAUAUAUAUAUAAUUAUUUUUUUGAUUUGGCCGUGGACCCCCUGCAGUACCUCCGGACCCCACUUUGAGAACCCCUGCUCUAGGCUGCAUCUGGUUCUAAAUUUAGUAAUGUUCUCAUUGUCCCCCUGUUUCUGUUGUCUGCAGUCUGGAUGCAGGGGGCUGUAUUGGUCGUCGGUUCUUCCAGAGCUCGUCUCAGGCUGUGUUACUGAGAGAUCUGAGACAGAGACUACAGGAGGUGUCUGACUUCCACCAUGCCGCCAGCCAGGCCCUGAGGGUGCCCCCCCCACACACCCCCAGCCAGGGAGAGGACCGCCCCGACUCCCCCCCGCCUCUCUUCCUCACUUCCCCACAUCUACACACAGAGCUGGUCAGGUACGUACAGCUACAAGCCCCUCCCCUUAACUCUGUUGUGACUGGCUGUUUCCCAGGCUGAUCUGAUUGGUUGCUUCCAGGCUGUUUGGUGUGUUUGCCGUGUGGUUGGACGAUGAGACUCUUCAGAAGAAGGAAGUGUAUCUGCCCUCUCUCCCACCACAGUAUGACCCCCACAGACUGGCCAAGGUCAUGCACAAACAACAGGUGUGUGUGUCUCGUGUGUUUGUUGUGUAUACCGAGAGUUUUUCCUUGCCACUCUUGCCUCUGCUUUGCCUUUGAUGUAUUGUAUUGGUUGGUUGAUGUAUCGUAUCGUAUUGUAUUGGUUGAUACAUGUAUUGAAUUGGUUGAUAGAUGUAUCGUAUUGUAUUGGUUGAUACAUGUAUCGUAUUGUAUUGGUUGAUACAUGUAUCGUAUUGUAUUGGUUGAUAGAUGUAUUGGUUGAUAGAUGUAUCAUAUUGUAUUGGUUGAUAGAUGUAUUGGUUGAUAGAUGUAUUGGUUGAUAUAUGUAUUGGUUGAUAGAUGUAUUGGUUGAUAGAUGUAUUGGUUGAUAGAUGUAUCAUAUUGUAUUGGUUGAGUGUAGGAGCUGUGGGUGGAGUAUGUGGACCAGGAGCGUGUCCAGUAUGAUGAGAGGGAGGUCCUUGAUCUCUGGGAGAAAGUGAAGAAUGAACCCACCUUCAUACAGAGCAACAACCCUGCCUUCACUGACUACACCAACCCCAGAGCAGGUACACGCACAUGAACACAGCCUCAGUACAUAGCAGGUACACAACGAAGUUGUGACUGAAUGAAUUCCAUUUUUAUUUUCGUGUCAAAUCGCCAGUUGGCAACCCAUCCCUUACGGGAUGAAUUGACACAUAAACAUUACAAUAAUUCACUGUGAUAAAUCAGUGAUCAUUCUUCCGGUGUUCUGUGCUGUGCGCACCGCAUAAAGAGUGAAAAGGAAAUAUAGUAAAUAAGGUUAUCCAAGCAAUAAUUGUAUUCCUAGAGCAGUAAUAAUACAAAUAAAUACAGUUAAAUAAAUACAGAGAAAAGAAACAGAAGGUGUUUGAACCAAGUCUGACACAAAGAGAAGAUUCAAGUGUGAGACAAGCCUACACACAAUCUGCAUGCAUACGUGCCAUUCGCUAUAUAGGAGCAAAAUAUUUGUAUAAUUUAAUUAUAGGUCAACCUUUUUCUUUUAUUCCAGGCUUUAUCAAAAAAUUCCGCAAACGGAAAUACACAAUGGACAAAAAAACAUUUCUGUUUUUCCCCUCAUGGCUCAGCCACAUAAUGCCAGGGUAUAUCUGGUGGGCUUUCUGGAAUAAGGACAAGCGUAUAUCGUGGUAGAAAGGACAAUAGAGGAUCAAAUGAGUUUCAUUCUCUAUUUCAUCGAGGUCACAAUAGUUACAUAGUCUUUCCUCUUCCAUUUCACCACAAUACCGACCUGUUUCAAUACGCAGAGGCAAUAUCCCUGAUCUUACCUGUGCACAUAGCAAUCUCUUUCUUUUAGGUAGGGUGUACAUUGGAAAUUAAUCUAGUGCUACAAACCAAGCUGUCUUGUUAUUGUCAUUGUUGCAACCGUGUGUGUGUGUGUGUGUGUGUGUGUGUGUGUGUAGCGAGGAAGCGUAUUCAGUCUAACCUGCAGAAGCACGCUAUCCCUCGGCCACUCCCCGAGCUGCAGUCGCAGAGAGCUCCAGUACCAGACGUCCCCUCCGCCUGCCUCACUGACCCUGCUGCUGCCUCCACUCUCCUACAGCAGGACCUCAGCUGUCUGCAGGAGCAGGCCAGGUACACACACACACACACACACACACACACACACACACACACACCAACCAUCGCGCCAUUGAUGUAUACCCGUAUGUGAUGUUUUGGGACAUGGCUCAGUGUGCUUGGUGUGUUCAGGUUUGCAGUGUCUCGGGAGGCCCAGCAGGUGGCACUGGAGUCAGAGCUGCUGGAGAGUCUUCCUCUGCUCUACAGGAACAGACCAGAGCAGGUUACCAUGGCGCUUGAGUGCAGAGGGCAGAGGGGGGGCCAGCCCUGCCAGGGAGCUGCACACAUCACUGUGACGGUAGGACUUUUAUAUGAGUCUAUUCUGUUUUGAUAGAAUUUUCAGAGUGGGCUGAUUCUGCUUGACAAUCCCACUAAGAAAGGGGGAUGCCAUGAUUAUGCCAUCCUACGACUGCUUUUAACUGACUGUUCAAAUAAUGUAAACAUGCAUCCUCAUUCCCAUCUGUGUGUGUGUGUGCAGUGCGAGUGUGUGCAAAAGCAGGAAGCAGUGGAGACUCAGAUCGUGUCUCUGCAAAGCGACAUUAAGCAGCUGCAGACGGAAGCCAAGACUCCUCCCCCUCAGAGCCUUGCCCAGGCUGCAGUACACACCGAGAACUUCAUUACGUCAGUACACACACACUCACACACACCAUACUUGUAUUAAUUAUUUCUCAAUAAUACUUUUUUAUAGUCAUAUGUGCCAUAAAGUAAAUAAAAUGUGUGUGUGUAGGGCUCUGGUGAAUUUGUACAAGGCCAAGCCGACGGCAGCAGUGCAGAAUGUAGGAGUGGCUGCCUUCUACAAGGUUGUCUCAUUUGUCUGUGAAGACACACUCCGCCACCCACCCACCCGCCAGUACCUCUCCUCCUGCAUCGAGAUACUGGGACAGGUACUACACACACACAAACUCAUUUCAUACAUGUUUGAUGUGACUGUGUGUGUAGGUGUUUAUCCAGUGUGUGUGUGUGUGUGUGUGUGUGUGUAGAUGUUUAUCCAGUGUGUGUGUGUAGGUGUUAAUCCAGUGUGUGUGUUUGUAGGUGUUUAUCCAGGGCACCCAGGCAGAGUGUGGGCGUGUCCUGAGCACUAUCCUGGAGCAGAGACGUCUGUGUCCCCUCCUCUCCCCUUUCUUCACCCCAAACGCAGCGCCCAAUCAGCUUGUCUCUCUCUACAAGGAAGUGGUGACAUCACUGCACCCUGACAGCGCUGAUGUCAUCUUCAUGCUGCUCACUAAGGUCAGCCUCAACCUUCAGAAAGCCUUGCAGGACCACCUUAACAUACAGAACACACACAUCCUUCACACAGAACACUUCCACCUCGACACAUCACACAGACAACUGGAGGCCUGUGGCAUUGCUAUGUUAGGAUGACCAGAUCCUUUCUCUCCCUGUGUAGUUUGACCUGAGUGCAUGGCUGAGUAAGGCCGAGCCAGUGUUCUCGGAGCGUAGCAGGCUGGUAGAGCUGGUCCACACUGCUCUGUGUUCCUGUGGCCGUGACCCUGAGGCUGAUCUCCUCACGCCCUUUCACCUCUUCACACGACACUGGACCCUGCUGCUCAAACACCACUUCCCUGACCACUACAGCGACUGCCUGCGCCUGCUCAUGACCAGUAAGAUUUGUUUGUUUGCUCUAAACUGUGUUCGCACAUGCACUAAUUGCGGACUUCAACAUGCAACGUGUAUGCAGACUUCUAAAGUCUGUUUGUGUGUGUCAUUGUCAGGUUCGACAGAGCAGUUGCUGAGCCCAGAGUGUUGGAGGGUGACUCUGUGUGUGCUGGGCAUCUCUCCUGCCCCCUGUAACACCAAAACCACAGCAGAGCCUUCCGGGACCGCCGAUACCCCCAAACCCACAUCCACCUCCCCCAGCCAAGCCCCCAUCACCCUCUCUCCUCAGCAGGUGAGUGCUGAAAGUCCUCACUAAAUCCACAUAUUCAAUACUGUUCUUUUACAAUACAGUUUAUUUACCCCUGCCUUGUCUCCUGAUUGGCCCUCCUCAGGUGGAGGAGACGGUUGAUUGGCUGUGUGAGUAUUUUCAGCGUUGUCGUCUCAGUAAGUCGGACCUCCGCAGCUUUGGCCUUUACUCCGCCUGGGCACCAUACGUCAGUGAGGUCACCACGUUCUGGGGAUAUCUGAUUGGCUACCUCAUCGACCUGCAGCUCAGCGCCUGCGCCAGGGAGCCACUGGGGGGAGCCAGAGUACUGAAAGGUACCAGACACAGUUUCUGCUGUUUUUCAUUAAGUCGUUCUGCUUUUUUUCCCAGUCGCUGUUGACAGAUCUCCCCCUCCCCACCUCUCAUCUCUUCCUCUUUCUGUCUCUCUCAGCCCUGCAGGAUCUACACAGUAAGAUGGUCCGACUAUUUAAGCCCUGGAUCCUGGUUCUGGAGACAGACGAUGUCAGGUAAACACACCUCCCUAUCCUUCCAUCUAUUUCUCUCCAUCUUUGCCACUGUCUUUCUAUCUCACUCACCCCUUUCUUACUUCGCCUUGCAUAACACUCACAAAAAUAGAGGCCUGUGGCAUUGCGCUGUUUGGACUAGAAUAUGUUCUCUCUCUCUCCUCUCUCUCUCUCUCUCUCCUCUCUCACACGGUCUCUCUCUUUUCUUUCUGUCCUCCUUUCUGUCUCUCUCAGUAAUCCAAGGUGUUAUCCCUGGUUGGAGUCAGAUGCCAGCGCUGCACGCUGUCUUGUGGGACUCUACACCCAGCUCACCCAAACACUACACUACAAGUUCAGAGGUUUGUGUGUGAUGUUAGAUGUCAUAAAAGUCAUUCAUGUGUUUGAGCCUACAUUUAAGAUACCCAUAAACGUGUGUUCCAGACCGCCUCCUCCCCGGGCAGCGUGGAGUUCUGUGGCUGUGUCUGAUGCAGUACUGUGACAGCUGCAGCUCUCCUUGUACUCCAGAGUACCUCCUCUACCUUUACCACACACACCUCCGCAGCCUGCCCUGGACACACCUGCACCCUGAUACACACCUCAUGGAACAGCUCUUCAAUGUAAGACCCUAGCCCUGACCCCUUACUCUGACCCCAGUCCUUAAUCCCUAACCUCAACCCACAACUCAUUGGAUUCCUAAAACAAACUGACUCCUCGUACACUUUGAGUAUCACAGUUAAUAGGACUUGUUUGUGGGUAGUGCUGUGUGAUGUAGCAUAAGGGAGGUGUAGAGUGUUUCUUUACCCAAGGUUAAUCUGUUCUCCUGCAGGUGGAGAGAGGAAGUCCUAAGAGCUGCUUCCUGUUCCUGGGGGCAGUCCUCUGUGAGGUCAACUGGGUCAGCGUUCUGAGUGACAGCCUGCAAACUCCGGCCAGCUCUAACAGGAACAUACACACAGACUCACACAAGAUGCUGGUGUAUCUGCUCUACAUGCUGGUGUUCCUUACUAAAGAAGAGCAGCUUCUCAGCCAACCGGUGAGUGAGUAUUAGGACACUGGAUAGAUGCAUUUGUGUUUGUACACGACUUCAUAUUCGCGUUGUUUAUUUAUUUAUGUAUUACCUCAUUAUGACUGGUGUGUAGCUCUGUUAAAAACUCCCCAUGUCGGUGGGUCCCUGGUUUAGCUUAUUUUCCCCUCUGUCCUCCAGGACUCCCCUCUCCUUAGUCUGUUGGUCCAGUCCGCUUCCCUGCCAUGGCACCAGGUGGACCAUUCCUCCUACCAAGGGAUCAUGGGAUAUGUAGGUACCCACUACCCUCACGCUCUGCUGCUCAGCACAGACUCCGCCCCUCAGACGCUUCUCCAAUCACUACGCAGCGCUGCUGGGCUACAGCCACGCCCCCACGGGACGCCAUACCAGGUGAGAAAGAGGGAACACAGAAUGUCACCGUCCCUCGCUUUCUCUAGUUUUAUCAUUAACAGACAGUCAAUCUCUCCUCACUCUAUUAUAGACAGUCUCUUUCAUUACCACAGACAAAAUGAAUGCACUAAUCUCUCUCUCUCUCUCUCUCUCUCUCUCUCCCUCUCUCUCUAGGAGGAGACGUUGAAGGCCGGUGUGUGUGUGCACUGGUGUGUCCAGUGCCUGGUCUCUCUGGAGCAGAGUGGCAGCAUCAGUCUGGCUAACCUGGAGACGCAGCUAGAGACACUACUGGACAGCAUCAUCACCUUCAACCCACCUGGUAAGAAAUCUUCAUAUUCAUCAUCAUCAUCAUCAUCACCUUCAUCAAUAACCUCACUCUGUCUCUCUCUGUGUGUGUGUGUAGAGGUGGGCUUGGAGCAGAGACACAUGGCGUUCUGUAGUCUGUUCUGUGAUUCGUUGGCUUUGCUGAACGGAGUGGGCGUGUCUACAGCUGAGGCCCUGGCAGCUCGUGUCAUUGGCUGGCUAGACAGGAAGGGGCAGGGUUUCCCAGUGCUGCCGCUCCUGACAGCUUGCUCCCGUUGCCUAGCGUCCGUACGCCACAUGACCCGCAUCACCGAGGCUUGCAUCACCGCCUACUUCACCCAUGGUAAACACGGUGACAGUAACCAUGUGAGGGGUUUAGCAGGGAAGGUCUUAGGGGAGGAUCUAUGUCAGGGUUUGUUAGCAGGGGGUACUGGUGACGGACAGAUGUAUUUUAUUUCACACAUGAGGUGAAAACCUCACUAUCUCUUGCGCUCCCCUCCAUCUCUCCAUCUUUCUCGCUCUAGCAGAAGAGGAGGGUGUGGGGUGGGGUCCUGUGUUGGCGUCCCUGCAGGUGCCUGAGCUGACCGUGGAUGACUUCCUGUCAGAGAGCCAAUCAGGAGGCAGCUUCCUGACACUCUAUGCUUACAUCCUGCAGCGCCUCAACACGGAACACACAGCGGCCAAUGAGAAGAGGACGCUCGCUCUACUCAACACAUGGACCAGUCAGGUCUUCCCCAGGUCUGACCCCCCCCCCCUGUGUGUCUCUGUGUGUUUAUGUGUGUGUUUGUUGUUAAUAUCAUUUUUUCUCUCUCCCAGUGGUCCCUAUGAUGAGGCCAAGUUGUUCCUCUGGUGGCACAAGGCCCUGUGUGUGUCUGUGGAGCAUCUGCAGCAGGGGCUGGGGGAGGUCCCAGCCGUGGUAGCGGGGCUGCGGCAGCUGCAGACACGGCUCUCUCAGAUGGGAGAGGAGAGACUCAGCUCAGGACUGCUGGGGGCUAUAGGAUUGGGCCGCCGAUCACCCCUAUCCAACAGGUACACACACUCACAGACAUACUGUAUUCAGACCCCUUGACUUUUACAGCAUUAUUCUAAAAUUGAUUUAAAAAAUAAUAGUCCUCUGCAAUCUACACACAAUACCCCAUAAUGACAAAGCGAAAACAGGUUUUUAGAAAUGUUUGCAAAUUUAAUAAAAUAAAAAAACUGAAAUACCUUAUUUACAUAAGUAUUCAGACCCUUUGCUAUGAGAAUCAAAAUUGAGCUCCGGUGCAUCCUGUUUCCAUUGAUCAUCCUUGAGAUUUCUCUACAACUUGAUUUGGAGUGCACCUGUGGUAAAUUCAAUUGAUUGGACAUGAUUUGGAAAGGCACACACUUGUCUAUAUAAGGUCCCACAGCUGACAGUGCAUGUCAGAGCAAAAACAAGCCAUGAGAUCGAAGGAAUUGUCCGUAGAGCUCCAAGACAGGAUUGUGUCGAGGCACAGAUCUGGGGAAGGGUACCAAAAAAUGUCUGCAGCAUUGAAGGUCCCCAAGAACACAGUGUUCUCCAUCAUUCUUAAAUGGAAGAAGUUUGGAACCACCAAGACUCUUCCUAGAGCUGGUCGCCAGGCCAAACUGAGCAAUCGGGGGAGAAGGGCCUUGGUCAGGGAGGGGACCAAGAACCCGAUGGUCACUCUGACAGAGCUCUAGAGUUCCUCUGUGGAGAUGGGAGAACCUUCCAGAAGGACAACCAUCUCUGCAGCACUCCACCAAUCAUGCCUUUAUGGUAGAGUGGCCAGACUGAAGCCACUCCUCAGUAAAAGUCACAUGACAGCCUGCUUGGAGUUUGCCAAAAGGCACCUAAAGACUCUCAGACCAUGAGAAACAAGAUUCUCUGGUCUAAUGAAACCAAGAUUGAAGUCUUUGGCCUGAAUGCCAAGCGUCACGUCUGGAGGAAACCUGGCACCAUCCCAACGGAGAAGCAUGGUGGUGGCAGAAUCAUGCUGUGGGGAUGUUUUUCAGCGGCAGAGACUGGGAAACUAGUCAGGAUCGAGGCAAAGAUGAACAGAGCAAAGUACAGAGAGAUCCUUGAUGAAAACCUGCUCCAGAGCGCUCAGGACCUCAGACUGGGGCGAAGGUUCACCUUCCAACAGGACAACGACCCUAAGCACACAGCCAAGACAAUGCAGGAGUGGCUUCGGGACAAGUCUCUGAAUGUCCUUGAGUGGCCCAGCCAGAGCCCGGACUUGAACCCGAUCUAACAUCUCUGGAGAGACCUGAAAAUAGCUGCGCAGCGAUGCUCCCCAUCCAACCUGACAGAGCUUGAGAGGAUCUGCAGAGAAGAAUGGGAGAAACUCCACAAAUACAGGUGUGCCAAGCUUGUAGCAUCAUACCCAAGAAGACUCAAGGCUGUAAUUGCUGCCAAAGGUGCUUCAACAAAGUACUGAGCAAAGGGUCUCAAUACUUAUGUAAAUGUGAUAUUUUAUUUUCAAUAGUUUUGCAAACUAUUCUAAAAACCUGUUUUUGCUCUGUCAUUACGGGGUAGUGUGUGUAGAUUGAGAUUUAAAAAAAAUGUGUGUAUAAAGUCAAGGGGUCUGAAUACUUUCCGAAGGCACUGUAUAUACACCUUCUGUGUUUACUGUGUGUAUCUUUUGGUAACUCCGGUGUGUGUGCAUGUUUAGGUUCAGGGUGGUGGUGCGCAGUCUGUCUGCGUUUCUCUCAGUCCAGAUUCCCUCAGAGGACCAGGUCCGCCUCCAGCCCAGCACUGACCAGCAGCUGACUGCUAAAGCACAACAGGUACACAUAUAGUGGCUUGCGAAAGUAUUCACCCCCCUUGGCAUUUUUCCUAUUUUGUUGCCUUACAACCUGGAAUUAAAAUGGAUUUUUGGGGGGUUUGUAUCAUUUGAUUUACACAACAUGCCUACCACUUUGAAGAUGCAAAAUAUGUUUUAUUGUGAAACAAAUAAGAAAUACUACAAAAACAGAACUUGAGCGUGCAUAACUAUUCACCCCCCCCCCCCAAAAUCAAUACUUUGUAGGGCCACCUUUUGCAGCAAUUACAGCUGUAAGUCUCUUGGGUAUGUCUCUAUAAGCUUGGCACAUCUAGCCACUGGGAUUUUUGCCCAUUCUUCAAGACAAAACUGCUCCAGCUCCUUCAAGUUGGAUGGGUUCCGCUGGUGUACAGCAAUCUUUAAGUCAUACCACAGAUUCUCAAUUGGAUUGAGGUCUGGGCUUUGACUAGGCCAUUCCAAGACAUUUAAAUGUUUCCCCUUAAACCACUCGAGUGUUGCUUUAGCAGUAUGCUUAGGGUCAUUGUCCUGCUGGAAGGUGAACCUCCGUCCCAGUCUCAAAUCUCUGGAAGACUGAAACAGGUUUCCCUCAAGAAUUUCCCUGUAUUUAGCGCCAUCCAUCAUUCCUUCAAUUCUGACCAGUUUCCCAGUCCCUGCCGAUGAAAGGUGUUCUCGGGGUGAUUAGAGGUGUUGGGUUUGCGCGAGACAUAGCGUUUUCCUUGAUGGCCAAAAAGCUCAAUUUUAGUCUCAUCUGACCAGAGUACCUUCUUCCAUAUGUUUGGGGAGUCUCCCACCUGCCUUUUGGUGAACACCAAACGUGUUUGCUUAUUUAUUUCUUUAAGCAAUGGCUUUUUUUGGCCACUCUUCCAUAAAGCCCAGCUCUGUGGAGUGUACAGUUUGAAGUGGUCCUAUGGACACAUACUCUAAUCUCCAAUGUGGAGCUUUGCAGCUCCUUCAGUGUUAUCUUUGGUCUCUUUGUUGCCUCUGAUUAAUGCCCUCCUUGCCUGGUCUGUGAGUUUUGGUGGGCGGCCCUCUCUUGGCAGGUUUGUUGUGGUGCCAUAUUCUUUCAAUUUUUGAAUAAUGGAUUUAAUGGUGCUCUGUGGGAUGUUCAAAGUUUCUGAUAUUUUUUUAUAACCCAACCCUGAUCUGUACUUCUCCACAACUUUGUCCCUGACCUGUUUGGAGAGCUCCUUGGUCUUCAUGGUGCAGCUGGUUUGGUGGUGCCCCUUGCUUAGUGGUGUUGCAGACUCUGGGGCCUUUCAGAACAGGUGUAUAUAUACUGAGCUCAUGUGACAGAUCAUGUGACACAGGUGGACUUUAUUUAACUAAUUAUGUGACUUCUUGUUAUGUGAAUUAUUUAACAAACUAUUUUAGUGUCUCUGUGCGUCUCCUAAAAGGUUGUAAGUCUUUUGGGAUUUAAGUAACGGCCAGAGUCCCGGUCUGCAUAGUCAGAGAUAUUUAUUCAUUGAGAAUUCUGCCAUCACAAUUUCAGAGUCCAUCUUUUAUACUCAUACGUCAUACAAAAAGAAAUCCCUCCCCUCUGUAGGCGGGCUGUAGUUUUCCACUCUAAAACUGCUCUACUGACCUUCAGUUCACACACACACACACAUAUACACACAUGCAUACACACAUACAUACACACACACACACACACACACACACACACACACACACAUAUCCUACUCCCUGCAUUACUCAGUUAUUGCCGUUCUCACAAUAUUCUGCACCAUGUUUUCAUAACAGUUUCUCCCCUCCCUAAAUUGGGAGGCCUCUUUAUCUUAGUUUCUCAGUUGUCUUUGUUGUCUGGCCUAACUCUUACUCACAUUGCUAAAUAGUGGCUCAAUGCCAUAGCCUUUACUGGUCCUACACUCACACAUUUCUAACACAUUAUACACAGUUUCAGGGUGUAAUAAUUAGUCAUUAAUAAUUAAUCUAUCACUUCUGAAGGUAAUUGGAUGCACCAGAUCUUAUUUAGGGGCUUCAUAGCAAAGGGGGUGAAUACAUAUGUCCCCUGUAGCUCAGUUGGUAGAGCAUGGCGCUUGCAAUGCCAGGGUUGUGGGUUCGUUUCCCACGGGGGGCCAGUAUGAAAAUGUAUGCACUCACUAACUGUAAGUCGCUCUGGAUAAGAGCGUAUGCUAAAUGAAUAAAAUGUAAAAAUAUGCACGCACCACUUUUCCGCAAUUUAUUUUUUAGAAUUCUUUGAAAAAAGUUAUUUUUUAAAUUUCACUUUACCAAUUUGGCCUAUUUUGUGUAGGUCCGUUACAUGAAAUCCAAAUAAAAAUCAAUUUAAAUUACAGGUUGUAAUGCAGCAAAAGAGGAAAAACGCCAAGGGGGAUGAAUACUUUUGCAAGGCACUGUACACACACACAUACACACACAACAGUUGCUCAGCUUAUGUGUUUCAUGUGUGUUUCUAGGCUCUGGUUGUGUUGGAGUCCAUGCCCAGCAGUAAACAGUAUGCUGAUCUAAAGGACUCUAUAGGAAAAGCUGUCCAGUUCAUCCACUACCCAGGACACUGUCUUAGAGAUGGACCUCGCCUCCUUUCUCUGCUGGCCAACCUCCUCUACCCAGACCACAGAUACCUCAACAUCAUACGAUAG